GGCAGCCCGCGUCGCCGCGGGGCGUUCGCAGCACAUGAUUAUCGCGCUCGCCCAAAUGCGCCUUCCUAACGCUCCGCUGGGAGCAUGGCGGGUCCGUCUGCCUCGUGUGCCCGCGAGCCACGUCCUGCGGCCCGCUAUCUGCUCGCCCAGGCAUGCAUUGCGAGCUCGCCCCGCGCGCAGGCCGUCUCUGCAUGCACGUUCCUGCCCCGGGCUUUUCAUAGCGUCCGUGCCUUGCUCCUGGGCGCACUCUGCCCGGCCGCACUGUCUCUGUCAGUGGCUCGAGGGGGCGACUGCAUAGCGCAGGCCCAGGGGGACACGGUUGCCUAGCGCCGUCCACAUUGGGCACCUCGGAUGACCUCUGCAUCAGCCUUCUCGCUACGCCCGGUACCACGCUGUGGCAAGCAGCGACACCCACACCGAGCUUCGACUUCGCGCCUUCGCCGUACACCGGAGUUCCUGGGCACUCUGCGCCUCGUGGGUGCGCCAGGUUUAGGAUGGCGUCGUUCCCGGGAUGGACGAUCUCCGGCCUCGUGUUUCUGGACACGGCUGGGCUGUAGCUUGUGGGACGCGUAUGACGCAUGCGCAUUAUCCGCCGCGUUUGCUUUUCCGGUUUGGCGGCGAAGGCACAAUUUCAGCGCAUACGAUAGACCUUUGGCGCCCGCCAGCACAACUACGGCGCUCCGCAUUCUACAGGACGCAACGUCCGUCCAACCCUCCCAACUCUCAAACGGAGCCGCCUUACGCACACAUCUCG